AUGUCACAAUUGAAAGAUGUUUUCACUUUCUAUGAUCCGUCAACCAAAGUUUGGAGUGGCUUACCGCGAAAACCAUUCUUCAAUCCUAAUCAAAGCCUUGGUGAUCUAAUUUUCCAAAUUUUGGAGCGCAAUGCAGAAAAAGUGGUGCAAAUCAAUGCCGACAGUGGAGUGAAGGUUACGGGAGCUGAAAUGCGUCUCAGAUCGAUAAGGAUAGCCCAAAACUUGAUCAAGUUGGGAUAUAGUGCGACUAAACUAGGAUCAGAAGACAAAUUCGCAAUGAUCGUUCGCAAUGGGGAACAUACAGCCUCAGUGGCGUUUGCAUGUUUUGCCCUUGGCAUUCCAGUUAGUACACUAGACCCAACAUUUGAUCGGGAUGAUCUGAGCCACAUGUUGGGAAUAGUGAAACCGAAGGUUAUAUUCUGUGAAAAUGAAGUUUUAGAUACUUUAUUUGCCGCAUGUGAUGCAAUAGCUAUUUCUCCAAGAGUCUUCUUGAUGGAAAAAGAUGUCGAAGGAUACGAUCAUCUGAAUACUUUGUUAGAGCCAACGAAUAACGAAGAAGCGUUUGUGCCAGUUGAAAUCCCCGACCCACUUAACCACCUAGCAGUACUCCUAUGCUCCUCCGGAACAACCGGUCGCUCCAAAGCUGUCUGCUUAUCGCACUCGAUUUGCAUCGCCUACGUGGCCAACUUCUUCCACUGUGUUUCCACAGACAGAACACUGGCUUUCAGUACGCUCUACUGGCUGUCCGGGAUGGCGGCCCUUCUGACCAGCACGAUUUGGGCUGCCACUCGAAUAAUCACCCGCAAAUCCUUCAACGCUGAACUAACUUUGGACAUCAUUGAGCGGUUCAACGUUUCUGUUGCACUUCUUCCAACUUCACAAGCUCUGGCCGUUGCCAACAGUCCAAUGGGAAAUACUGCCGUUCUGCGAAGUAUACGUAUGCCAUUGACUGGUGGCAGUUUCGUUCCCAGCUCCUUAAAACGAUCAUUCGAACGUUUGAUUCCUGGAAGAUCACUAGAAAUUAUGUACGGUUUCUCGGAAGCAGCACGAGCGGUAUCGUUCAGCAAUGGGCAGCUCUACCGAGAUGGUUCUGUUGGGUUUCCGGCAUCAGGAACUGAGUUUAAGAUCGUUGACGAUGAAAACAAGCCGCUAGACGUUAACCAGGAAGGAGAAAUUCUGGUCAGAUCGGAGUAUGCCUUCAACGGAUAUCUUGGGAACGACGAUGCCACUAAGGAAAUCCUGGACAGCGAAGGUUGGAUACAUUCGGGAGAUAUUGGACGGUUCGAUGAGGAAGGUUAUCUGUACGUAGUAGACCGAAAGAAAGAAAUCAUGAAAUGCAACGGUCACCAGGUGUCACCGAGUGAAAUCGAGAGUGUAAUAAUGACGAUUCCAGGGGUUGCAGCUUGUUGCGUAGUUGGCGUUCCGGUUGAAAUUUUAGAUUUACCCACGGCUUUGGUUGUCCGAAAAGAUGGCACCGCUUCGAAUCCAGAUGCGGCAGAAAUUGUGGAAAAGGUUAAAGAAUCACUAGCGUGGUAUAAACAUUUGAAUGGUGGAGUGUAUUUUACCAAUGAACUACCACUAACGCCAUCAGGGAAGGUUAUGAGGCGCACCGCGAAGAACGUUCUAAUGCAAAUUAAAAGACAGGAGAAAGGGAGAUGA